CUGGGUUUAGCGUGGUAUUUCUGCCCGGUGUGUGACAACAGCGUUUAGGGGAAAGGGAAAGGAACAAGAACAAGAACAAGAACAAGAGUCGCUGUGAUUGAGAGGAGUCCUUGUGCAUUUAAAAACCCGUCGCCAUCAUUAUGCAGCUGGAAAGUGAUAAUAAAUCGAGAUCCAUUUUGCUGAAUUUAAGAUGAGUAACUGAUUUCAUAAUUCAUUCUUGGAGCCACAAGUAUCAGUGAAAUCUGAUUGCAAAUGCCAGAAAUAAAGGUCACACCUUUAGGGGCAGGCCAGGAUGUGGGCCGCAGUUGUAUCCUGGUCUCAAUUGGUGGGAAAAACGUGAUGCUGGAUUGUGGAAUGCACAUGGGAUAUAAUGAUGAUAGACGCUUUCCUGAUUUCUCUUAUAUCACUCAAAAUGGAAGACUGACUGAAUUUCUUGACUGUGUCAUCAUAAGUCAUUUCCAUCUCGAUCACUGUGGUGCCCUUCCUUAUAUGAGUGAGAUGAUUGGUUAUGAUGGUCCCAUAUACAUGACCCAUCCAACAAAAGCCAUUUGUCCGAUCCUUUUAGAAGAUUACCGGAAGAUUACAGUCGAUAAAAAAGGAGAGACAAACUUCUUUACUUCUCAGAUGAUAAAAGACUGCAUGAAGAAAGUUGUAGCUGUUCAUCUGCACCAAACUGUACAGGUUGACGAUGAGCUUGAAAUUAAAGCAUAUUAUGCUGGACAUGUGCUUGGUGCAGCCAUGGUUCUAAUCCGAGUGGGCUCUGAAUCAGUGGUAUAUACCGGUGAUUACAACAUGACACCAGAUCGACAUUUGGGAGCUGCUUGGAUUGACAAGUGUCGUCCUGACUUAUUUAUCUCAGAAUCUACAUAUGCUACUACAAUCCGAGACUCAAAGCGAUGCCGAGAAAGAGACUUCCUGAAGAAAGUGCAUGAUGCAAUAGAAAGGGGUGGAAAGGUGCUGAUUCCUGUCUUUGCCCUGGGACGAGCCCAGGAGCUUUGCAUCCUUCUGGAAACGUUCUGGGAGAGAAUGAACUUGAAAGCACCCAUUUACUUUUCAACUGGAUUGACGGAGAAAGCUAAUCAUUAUUAUAAAUUAUUCAUUACAUGGACUAAUCAAAAAAUUCGGAAGACAUUUGUGCAGAGGAACAUGUUUGAGUUCAAACAUAUCAAAGCGUUUGAUAGGACGUAUGCUGACAACCCUGGACCAAUGGUUGUCUUUGCCACACCAGGCAUGCUUCAUGCUGGGCAGUCACUCCAGAUUUUCAGGAAAUGGGCAGGCAAUGAUAAAAAUAUGGUUAUCAUGCCAGGGUAUUGUGUCCAAGGAACUGUAGGACAUAAAAUCCUAAGUGGCCAGCGGAAACUUGAAAUGGAAGGAAGGCAAACUCUAGAAGUGAAGAUGCAGGUGGAAUACAUGUCAUUCAGUGCACAUGCUGAUGCCAAAGGCAUCAUGCAGCUUAUCCGUCAAGUAGAACCACAAAAUGUGCUGCUGGUCCAUGGAGAGGCUAAGAAAAUGGGAUUCCUUAAAGAGAAAAUUGAACAGGAGUUCAGUAUUAAUUGCUACAUGCCAGCCAAUGGAGAAACAGCAUCAAUAGUCACUAAUCCCAAUAUUCCAGUGGAUAUUUCUCUUGGUUUGCUCAAGGGGGAUUCAAGUCUUGGUCCAGUACCUGAUUCAAAGAAACCAAAACUAAUGCAUGGCACGCUGAUUAUAAAGGAUAAUAGCCUUCGCCUAGUUUCACCUGAACAGGCUGUGAAAGAAUUGGGUCUCAGUGAACAUCACCUUCGUUACACAUGCAAAGUUCAGAUACAGGACCACCACUCCGAACAAGACACCUUAAACCGAAUAUACAACCACCUGAAAAACAUAAUGAAAGAUUAUCCCAUUCAACAUCUGCCUGAUGGCUCUGUGAUGGUGGAGUCCAUCCUCAUUAAAAUCAGUGCAACGUCUGAUGAUCAGAGUACUAAGGACGUGUUAGUUUCAUGGACCUACCAGGAUGAAGAAUUGGGCAGUUACCUGAUAACCCUGUUAAAGAAAGGACUGCCUCAAUCUGUUGCUCUCUGACCCACUGGAUGGCAGAAGAUAAAUUGAGUGGCACAGAUGAUCUUUUUCAUAUUUUUUAUAUUUGCCUCCUUUGUGAAAGAGUUGAGCCUUGCAGGUUCCAAGAAGCUAUGUUAAAUAUGUCAUUGUUUAUAGAAAAUUGGAUUUGGAAGCUCAGAUGUAUGUGCCCUGCAGAUUGGAACAGAGUGGCAGGGUUCAAUUUUAUUUUUCUAAGCAGGCAUGUGGAUUGAAUUGAAAAUUGAGAAUGGAUGUAGCUCACAUACUGUUUUGACUCAUUUUACCAGAACAUGUUUGUAAAAUAAAUUUUAAAAAUUGUU